CUACCAGUGAGAGUGGAACUUUUCGUCGUUGUCCGACUCUCACACUCUCGCGGAGUCAAUGGCGUCAACGCUUUCAUUCUUUCAAACGCCUCGCUCACUGGUGCCCUCUCCUGAGCUCCGCCGAUCCCGUCCGCAUUCCUGCCAAAACCUUCUCAUAAUUAAUUCAUCAGCUCAAGACGCUUCGUCAACAUCGUCGUCGUCAUCUUUUGGUCGAAAUGAAGUCCUCUAUCCUCACUUGUACACCAAAGUACCCAAUUCGGUCCGAUCUGUGGCGGUCAGAUCGCAUUUGAAUUUUCCUAUCAUCUCUCCUCAAGAUCACUGGGGCACCUGGACUGCUCUCUUUGCCACUGGCGCUUUCGGUAUCUGGUCGGAGAAGACCCAGAUUGGAAGUGCGUUGAGUGGUGCACUAGUGAGCACAUUGGUUGGACUUGCAGCUAGUAAUUUGGGUAUUAUAUCAUCUGAAGCUCCAGCAUACAAGAUUGUAUUGGAGUAUCUGCUCCCAAUGGCAGUUCCAUUGUUGUUAUAUAGAGCUGACUUGCGUCGCGUUAUUAAGUCCACCGGGACUCUCCUCCUGGCUUUUUUGAUAGGAUCAGUUGCAACUACAGUUGGAACAGUAAUAGCAUAUCUCAUCGUGCCAAUGAGAUCACUUCAACAAGAUAGUUGGAAGAUAGCAGCUGCCCUCAUGGGCAGACAUAUUGGUGGAGCUGUCAACUAUGUGGCCAUUGCUGACGCACUUAGCGUUACUCCAUCAGUCCUUGCUGCUGGACUGGCAGCAGAUAAUGUAAUUUGUGCAGUCUAUUUUUCCACAUUGUUUGCUUUGGCUUCUAAAAUACCUCCAGAGGAUUCAAUAUCAAAUGAUGUAGCAAUGGAUAACGGGUCAGAGCCUGGAAACAAGCUUCCUGUGUUGCAGACCGCUACAGCCCUGGCUGUAGCCUUUGCUAUCUGCAAGGCUGGCUCUUAUCUCACAAAAUCUUUAGGAGUUCAAGGAGGCAGUUUGCCAGCAAUAACAGCAAUUGUUGUUCUCUUGGCAACUGCAUUUCCAACUCAGUUUGCUUACCUUGCACCUUCUGGGGAAGCUAUGGCUUUGAUCCUAAUGCAGGUGUUUUUCACGGUGGUGGGUGCUAGCGGGAACAUAUGGAAUGUGAUCAACACAGCGCCUAGCAUCUUCUUGUUUGCUCUUGUCCAGAUUACUGUCCACCUUGUUAUAAUCCUGGGACUGGGAAAGCUAUUCCGUUUUGAGCAAAAGUUGUUGCUCAUAGCAUCAAAUGCAAAUGUUGGAGGCCCUACCACUGCAUGUGGGAUGGCUACGGCUAAGGGAUGGACAUCGUUGGUCGUUCCCGGUAUUCUUGCUGGCAUUUUUGGAAUCGCCAUUGCAACCUUCCUUGGAAUUGGAUUUGGACUCGCGGUCUUGAAGCACAUGUAAAUAUUUAAAUCUUCCAAUAAUUGAUGCCAGGAUUCACAUUUAAAUUUUGCACAGUUUGCCUGUAAAUAACGAGGUCUUCACACCCAUCUACAUUUUCUUCCGAGACAAACAAUGCUUAUCAUUGAACCACGAGAUUUCUUCAA